CCGAACAAUUUGUUGAGCAAAUUGACAAAACACGUUUGCUUACCAGCAGCAGUAGUUUUCAAUGUAUCCCAAGCAUAAAUACUAUUAUCAUCUGCUCCGCAGAACAAAUAUCGGCCACUGAAAGACAGAGCUGUUGGAAAAAUGAGAUCAUAAUUAAGUAUUUCAAAUGAAAGUCUUACGAAAGACUUUAUUUCCAAGGUCGUCAAAUUCCACCCAAAAUAACAAAUCGAUGACAAUCGCAACUGGUCGCAAUCGAUAGUCGUUGAAAUAGAGCCAGACUUAUUUUUAGUAAUAAUUCAACUAGCAGCCGAGUGGUUUAAAGAUUAACUGAGCUCUACGAUUUUGGAUUCGGGUGAAAUGAUGUUUGCAUAUGGUUUCUUCGUCUCUAUUAUUUUGCUAGUCUUAAGCGGUAAUGCCAAUGGCACUGAAAAAACCUGUGAACAAUUUGAUAAAGUUGACUGCAGUAAAUGCCGGAAAAAUGUGAACACCCAAUUUUAUUCAAAAGAAUUUGAUGUGAAAGUGUUUACCGUAGCGUCGGAAGAGACUGAAGGAUAUUCACGAUACAUUCGAUCGGCCAAUUACUACAAUGCAGAGGUGGAAACAUUGGGAAUGCAUCAAAAAUGGCUUGGCGGUGGAUACAAAAUCAAUUUGUUACGUGAAGCACUUGAACCGUACAAAAAUGACGACCAGAAAAUUAUUUUAUUUACUGAUAGUUAUGACGUGCUGUUCACUGCCACUAUCGAUGUCAUAGUGCACAAAUUCGAGAAAUUUGAUGCCCGUAUCUUAUUCGGAGCAGAAAAGUAUCUGUGGCCUGAUACAACUGUGGAGCAUUUGUAUCCAACCGUUUCGAAACACUUGCCAAAAUAUUUGAACUCGGGACUGUUUAUGGGCUACGCAUCGGAUGUGUAUGAAUUGUUAAGCAUUCCAAUUGAAAACAAUAAUGAUGAUCAACUUUACUUGACCAAGGCAUUCUUGGACACGAACAUUCGUAAAAAGUUACAAAUUAAACUUGAUUACCAGUCGGAAAUCUUCCAAAACUUGGAUGACUCCACGGUUGAUGUUAAAGUGCUAUACAAUGAAGCCAAUGGCGAAUAUUUCAUUAAAAAUAUUCAAACUGACACCAUACCAAGUUUUAUCCACGGAAAUGGAACAAGUAAAGUAUUGUUGAACAAUUUUGGCGGAUAUGUGGCCGGCGCUUUUAAACACAAUGAAUGCCAACUCUGUCAAGAGAACAAAUUGGACUACUAUCGGAAACAAGAAGACUUGCCAAAAGUUACCAUUGCAAUAGCCAUUCCAAAUGCAACGCCAUUCCUCGAAGAGUUCUUUGAUUCCAUUUUAGCACUGGAUUAUCCAAAGGAGAAGCUAAACAUGUUUAUCUACAACAAUGUACAAUAUCAUGAUGACUUGGUGCAAACCUUCCUUAAAACUCAUGGUGAUGAAUAUUCAAGCACAAAGCAAAUCAGACAUAAUGAUUCGUACAAGGAAGUUACUGCCCGGAAUUCAGCAGUGAGCUAUGCGGAAAGUGAAGGAAGCGAUUACUUAUUUGUUGUUGAUGCCGAAGCGCAUAUAGAUAAUCCAUCUACUCUGAUUCGAUUAAUCGAACAGAAUCGUAAUGUAAUUGCACCGAUGAUGACGCGUCAUAAUGAUUCGACGUGGAGCAAUUUCUGGGAAGCAUUAGAUGAGAACAGUCAAUAUGCACAAUCGCAUGAUUACAUGAAAAUUGUUGAAAAUGAAAUUCGUGGUUUAUGGAACGUUCCAUUUAUCUCAUCAUGUUAUCUGAUUAAGAAAGCGAUCUUCCCAAAACUCAUCUAUACCGACGAUGAUCGUGAUGCUGAUGUGGACAUGAGCAAAAACCUACGAAAUCAGCAAAUUUUCAUGUACGUUUUUAACGAGGAAUAUUACGGUCAUUUGGUGAACAAUGACAAAUUUAAUCCACUGCUGACUAAUCCCGAGUUUUACAUGCUGAUCACAAAUCGAAUGGACUGGGAGAAGCGAUACUUGCACCGAGACUAUUUUGAACAAUUGAAACCGAAUCGAACACACAAGCAACCGUGUCCCGAUGUCUAUUGGUUUCCCAUUGUAAAUGAACGUUUCUGCGAUGACUUGGUUGAAAUCGUAGAAACUUAUGGAAUAUGGAGCCACGGUUCAAAUAGAGCCGGCUCUUAUGAUGCUGUUCCAACAAUGGACAUUGAAUUAUUCGAAGUUGGUUUGGAACCAGUUUGGAAAAAAUUCUUGGAGUACUAUGUCAGUCCACUUCAGGAAGCCGUAUUCUGGGGAUACCAUAGCAUUCCAAGACCACGAGCAACGGCAAUGUUCCUUGUGCGCUACAAACCUGAAGAGCAGCCGACACUACGACCACAUCUUGAUUCCUCCACUUAUACCAUAAACAUUGCUUUGAAUAAUGUUGGAAUUGAUUAUGAAGGCGGUGGAUGCCAUUUCUUACGCUACAAUUGCUCGGUGACAGCAACACAAAAAGGAUGGAUGCUCAUGCAUCCUAGCCAUCCAACUCAUUAUCACGAAGGCUUGAGAACGACGCGUGGAACUCGCUACAUUAUGGUAACAUUCGUCGAUCCAUAGAUGAGAUACGAGAGAAAAAGCUCAAAUUUACGCACAAAAAAUGAGAAAAUCAAAAUUUCGUAGAGAACAUUGAUUUAACGAACUGUUAUCAAAUUAUUCGUAAUUGGGACGUAUUUUUUUUCGGAGAAAGAACAUAUUGAUAAGUUUUAUUUAUUAGUUCUACUCUACAUACCUUGAACAAAUAAAAAAUAUCAUCACAGAA